GAAACUGAGGCACAGUGAAGUAGCCCGCUCAAGAUGAAUGAUUCUGAGUCUGCACUUCUAGGGUCCUAAAAGUGAAUCUUCAGAUCCCGCUGUAAAGAAUGGAGGAAAGAGGAGCCAUUUAUCCUUUACCAAGAUGGCAGCCUCCUGGCAACUCCAGUCACUUUAUAAAUAUGGCUGCCACAGGAAGUACGUCACGGAAGAGGGUGGGAAAUCUGCGCGCGCACGCUGCAAAGGGGCUUUUUGGGACGCCAGCGGCUGAGUUCUUCCUUUGACAAGAUGGCGGCAGGAAGCAGUGGCGUUGGUGGGAAGCGCAGCUCGAAAAGCGAUGCCGAUUCUGGUUUCCUGGGGCUGCGGCCCACUUCGGUGGACCCAGCGCUGAGGCGGCGGCGGCGAGGCCCAAGAAAUAAGAAGCGGGGCUGGCGGCGGCUUGCUCAGGAGCCGCUGGGGCUGGAGGUUGACCAGUUCCUGGAAGACGUGCGGCUACAGGAGCGCACGAGCGGUGGCUUGUUGUCAGAGGCCCCAAAUGAAAAACUCUUCUUCGUGGACACUGGCUCCAAGGAAAAAGGGCUGACAAAGAAGAGAACCAAAGUCCAGAAGAAGUCACUGCUUCUCAAGAAACCCCUUCGGGUUGACCUCAUCCUCGAGAACACAUCCAAAGUCCCUGCCCCCAAAGACGUCCUCGCCCACCAGGUCCCCAACGCCAAGAAGCUCAGGCGGAAGGAGCAGCUAUGGGAGAAGCUGGCCAAGCAGGGCGAGCUGCCCCGGGAGGUGCGCAGGGCCCAGGCCCGGCUCCUCAACCCUUCCGCAGCAAGGGCCAAGCCCGGGCCCCAGGACACCGUUGAGCGGCCCUUCUAUGACCUCUGGGCCUCAGACAACCCCCUGGACAGGCCGUUGGUUGGCCAGGAUGAGUUUUUCCUGGAGCAGACCAAGAAGAAAGGAGUGAAGCGGCCAGCACGCCUGCACACCAAGCCGUCCCAGGCACCCGCCGUGGAGGUGGCGCCUGCCGGAGCUUCCUACAACCCAUCCUUUGAAGACCACCAGACCCUGCUCUCAGCGGCCCACGAGGUGGAGUUGCAGCGGCAGAAGGAGGCGGAGAAGCUGGAGCGGCAGCUGGCCCUGCCCGCCACGGAGCAGGCCGCCACCCAGGAGUCCACAUUCCAGGAGCUGUGCGAGGGGCUGCUGGAGGAGUCGGAUGAUGAGGGGGAGCCAGGCCAGGGCGAGGGGCCGGAGGCUGGGGAUGCCGAGGUCUGUCCCACGCCCGCCCGCCUGGCCACCACAGAGAAGAAGACGGAGCAGCAGCGGCGGCGGGAGAAGGCUGCGCACAGGCUGCGGGUACAGCAGGCCGCGUUGCGGGCCGCCCGGCUCCGGCACCAGGAGCUGUUCCGGCUGCGCGGGAUCAAGGCCCAGGUGGCCCUGAGGCUGGCGGAGCUGGCGCGGCGGCGGAGGCAGCGGCAGGCGCGGCGGGAGGCUGAGGCUGACAAGCCCCGAAGGCUGGGGCGGCUCAAGUACCAGGCACCUGACAUCGACGUGCAGCUGAGCUCAGAGCUGACAGACUCGCUCAGGACCCUGAAGCCCGAGGGCAACAUCCUUCGAGACCGGUUCAAGAGCUUCCAGAGGAGGAAUAUGAUCGAGCCUCGAGAGAGAGCCAAGUUCAAACGCAAGUACAAGGUGAAGCUGGUGGAGAAGCGGGCGUUCCGCGAGAUCCAGUUGUAGCUGCCAUCAGAUGCCGGAGACUCGCCCUUCAAUAAAAAGUCCCUUCUAGCUAA